AUGGCGGAAGCCCUUGGUGUGACUGCCAGCCUUAUCGCCAUCUUGGAGCUUUCAACGAAGACAAUCGCAUACAUUCUGGUUGCCAGAAACGCGGCUAGAGAGAAGGCUGACUUGGCCUCAGAAAUUCAAGCGUGCCAAAUUCUCAUUAGUGGAAUAAUAGGCGUCGUCGACAGUGACCACUGGACAACGACCCUGGAAGUUCUCAGUCAGCCAGAGGGACCCUUGGCUGCUCUCGAGGCAAUUUUCAUCGAGAUUUUAGAGAAGAUUGACUCACGCGAUGGCUGGCGCCGUGGGCUGAGGGCUCUCAAAUGGCCGUUUGACGAGAAGCACAUCAAAAACUUGCUCGUCAAGAUCGGUGGUCACAAGGAGUUAGUGCUCUCAAAACUGGCGCAUUAA